AUGGAUGCAGAUGAAUUUCGACAACGAGGAAAAGAAAUGAUUGAUUUUAUAGCUGAUUAUUUAACUAAUAUUCGAACAAGACGUGUAUUUCCAAAUGUUAAACCAGGUUAUAUGCGACCAAUGAUUGAUGAAGAAGCUCCAAUACAUGGUGAACCAUGGGAAAAUAUUUUUAAAGAUAUCGAACGUGUGAUCAUGCCGGGAGUUACACAUUGGCAAUCUCCUUAUAUGCAUGCUUAUUUUCCAGCUUUAAAUUCUUAUCCAUCAUUACUUGGAGCAUCAAGUCCAGCAUGUACAGAAUUAGAAGCAGUUGUUAUGGAUUGGUUAGCAAAAAUGAUUGGUUUACCUGAUGAUUUUCUACAUACACAUGCUGAUACAACCGGUGGAGGUGUAAUUCAAACAACAGCUUCUGAAGCAACACUUGUUGCAUUACUUGCCGCUCGAAAAGAAGUUAUUCAUAGAGUUCAAGCUCAAUUUCCUUAUUUAAGUCCAGCCGAAAUCAAUGGACGUCUUGUUGCUUACUGUUCUGAUCAAGCUCAUUCAUCAGUAGAAAAAGCCUGUCUUAUUGGCUUGGUUAAAUUAAAUCUUGUACCAAGUGAUGAUAAAUUGCGUUUACGUGGUAACGCACUACGACAAGCAAUAGCUAAAGAUAAAGAAAAUGGUCUUAUUCCUUUUUAUCUUUGUGCAACAUUGGGUACAACGGGAGCUUGUGCUUUUGAUAAUCUUAUUGAACUUGGUUCGAUCUGUGAACGAGAACAUAUAUGGAUACAUGUUGAUGCAGCUUAUGCUGGAAGUGCUUUUAUUUGUCCGGAAUUUCGACAUUUUAUGAAUGGUGUAGAACUAACACAAUCAUUUGCAUUUAAUCCUUCAAAAUGGAUGAUGGUUCAUUUUGAUUGUACGGCUAUGUGGGUAAAAUCAAGUGCUGCAUUACAUCGAGCAUUUAAUGUUGAUCCAUUAUAUCUUCAACAUGAAAAUGCAGGUGUAGCAAUUGAUUAUAUGCAUUGGCAAGUACCAUUGAGUCGUCGAUUUCGUGCAUUGAAACUUUGGUUUGUAAUUCGUUCAUUUGGUGUUGAAGGACUUCAAAAACAUAUUCGAAAUGGUGUUCGAAUGGGUAUAUUGUUUGAAUCGCUAGUUAAAAGUGAUGAUCGCUUUGAAUCACCUGCUGAACGACAUCUUGGUCUUGUUAUAUUUCGAUUAAAAGGUGAAAAUGAAUUAACUGAACAAUUAUUAAAAGAAAUAAAUAGUGGUGGUUUAAUACAUUGUGUACCAGCAUCUAUUAAAGGAAAAUAUAUUAUUCGUUUUACAGUAACAGCUACAUCAACUAAUUCUGAUGAUAUAAAACGUGAUUGGGAUAUAAUACAAAAAUCAGCUACUAAAAUUCUUCGUCCAUUAGAUAAUUUAUCACCACGAGAACGAAGAAAUACAAUGAAAAAUUUACAUGAUGGUUUUCGUAUGUCACUUGUUUUAUCAAAUACACCACAUAGUCCAUGCUUAAUAAAUGGAAGUUUUGCUGCUAUACUUCCACUUAAUACAAGUCAUAUAUAUGCAAUGACACAUGAAUUAAGUCAACGUGCAUUAAAAAAUUCUCCUCUACCUAUAUCAAGACGACGACGAACAAAAACUGAUUUGACACAUCGAGCAAUUAGUAAACAAAUGAGUAUUGAUUAUUGGAUGACAAAUAAUAAACAAGAAAAUAAAUAUUUAGUUUCACCAACACCUUCAUCAUUACCAAUUAGCCGUCAAGGAAGUUUAGAUUCACGUAUUGAGGAAAUUUUAGAAAACAAUUCGAUGGAUAAUAAUAAAACAAAUGAUGGAUUUACAUUUACAACAGUUAAUGGUCAUACUGAACAUCAUGGUAAUACACCGAAAAAUGGCAAAGAAUAA